AUGGAUUUCAUUUAUAUCAUUAUUGUCACAGUGCUAUCAAAAAUAAAUAAUAUCGACGCUAAGCUAAAUAUAAAAAGUUAUGAAAACUUAAAGCACUGUAAAGCAAUUAAAAGCGCUGUACUUAUCGCUAAUACCAAUUUCGAAUACAGAACAGCGACUAUGGUAAUAUCACAUGAUGUAGAAGAAACGAUAGUCAAUCAAUUUAUAAUGUCUUACCGAGGCACUGUUGUCUUAGAGAUACAUGAUAAAAUGCUGCCGAAGCAAAUAGUUAUUAUCAUCGAGUCAUAUUUUUCACUUGUAAGUAUUCUCGGAAAAUUAAAACCAGAUCUAAAAGGAAAGACUAUACUUCAAAGCGAUGCUUAUUUUAUAAUAGUCGUUCUCUCUUAUCCGCAUCGACUUCAACGUAUAUAUGGACUUCUUUGGAAUUACUACGCGACUAACGGUGUAACGAUUGUCACUAACAAAGAUAAAAAAGUAGUAUUGUAUACUUACAAUCCAUACCAAAAUCAUUUAAACUGCCAAAAUUUAGAACCUACUCUCCUUGGAUUCUGGGAUGACAAUGAAACAAUUACAAAUGAAUUAUUUCGGGACAAAAUGGUGGAUAUGAAAGGUUGUCCUCUUUAUAUGUCGACGAAUAAAUUAUAUCAUCCAGUAACAGAGCAGAAGAUACCUUUAGAAAUAAUAAAAAGAGCAAUUAUUAGAUAUCUUAGGGACAUUAUGAAUUUCACACCAAUUAUUUCAAGUAGAGACUAUCUAAGCAUCGACUCGGAUGGAGCUAAGAAUUGGUCAGAUACACUAGACGACAUUUUAACAGGUACCUCUAAUAUUUCGACUUGUAAUAUAUCACCAGGAAUGGACAGAAUCGGUGUAUUAGACUACUCGAUACCCUAUUUCAGAAUAAGUUUAGCGUGGGUGGCACCACCUGUGACUCCAGGGCCGAUUUGGUGGCGUCUACUGUCGCCUCUGAAUGGAUAUUUAUGGUUUAUACUUUUGCUUGUCGUCUUAAUUGUGAAAUCCAUACCUUUCACUAUGUACAUCAAAGCGGUUAAGAAAUUUUGCUCUAGCAAUUUUAAGCACUCAGACAAAUUGCACGGUGUUGCAAUAAGGAUUUGGGCAGUUAUGAUGGGUCAACCUAUUAGGGUUGAACCGAAGCGUUUUAGAGAUUUUUAUAUCCUAAGUCUUUGGAUAUGGUUCACAUUUGUCGUCAGAAGUGCCUAUCAAAGCGUGUUAAUUGGAGCACUCAAAACAGAUGUUAUUGUUGGUAAUUUCGUUGAUUUAAAGGAUGCUAUCGAUAACGGCUAUUCCUUCGGAGGCAGAGCAGGUGUCUUAGUUCAUUUUGAACAUGAUCUAUUUAUACGUGAAAAUUUCGAAAUAAUCCCUGAGAAUGAUUUCGAAAAAACAUUUCAGGAAGUUCUGGAAGGCAAGAGAAGGUUUGUUAUAGCCCUAUCACUCGAUUACGUGAAAGCCUACUGUAUGUCACAAGGGAUAAAUGAAAAUGAAUGUGGCUACAUCCUUCCUGAUUCCAUAAUGAAAAUUCCUUUAGUGAUAUGGAUGAGAAAGAAUUCACCUUUUAUGAGACCUUUGUCUCUGUGGCUUAUACGUCUCUUGGAAAGUGGAUUAUUAGAAAAAGAUACGGUGAAGAUGUCUAGCAUAAAUACAAUAAAAUCUACGGAACCAAGUGCCUUAAAUAGUAAACAGAUUUUUAGUUGCAUCCUGUGUCUUCUUAUUGGUUAUUUGCUGUCAACAAUUGUAUUUAUAAUUGAAAUAAUUAACCCUAAAAGUGAAGUAGCAAAAAUUCUAAGGAAGUCAAAGGAAAUGUUUAAGAAUAAGAAUCCAAUGCUUUUAAAAUAA